CCCAAUCCCCCCGUCGAUUCAAUCCAAACCCAACCCCACGAAAAAUCUGGGAAUAACCUCGAAUCGCCUUCCCUGCUCUGCUUGAUCAAGCAGCGCCGCGGCGGCGGGGGGAAGCGGAAGGAAGGGGACGGGAUGAGGAAGCGGGAGCGGGAGAACCCGUGCGGGAUCUGCGGGCACUACCACAAGUACGAGGAGGGGGAGGUCUGCGGGGUGUGCGGCCACCGGUGGAAGCCGUCGGACGGGGAGGGCACCCCGGCGAAGCACGAGUCCGCCUUCCCCACCGAGGUGCUCAAGGACUUCCUCUUCCUCGGGAGCUACGACAACGCCUCCCGCUCCGAGGUCCUCAAGACGCUCAACGUCUCCCACAUCCUCAACACUGUGCCUGAUUGCCACAAUCUAUACAAGAAUUCAUUCACAUAUCACAGUCUUCAGCGCGACAGGCCUUUGGAUUUUGAUGACGCAAACCGGUUUCUAGAACAAUGUGAAAGAGAUAAAUCACGCGUUCUUGUUCAUUGCAUGACUGGAAAAAACAGGUCAGCAGCUAUUGUUGCAGCCUUCUUGAUGAAGUCUAGAGGAUGGAGACUUGCUCAGUCUUUCCAGUGGGUGAAAGACCGGCGGCCGCAGGUUCAACUGACAGAUGCUUCUCAGAAUGAGCUUCUGGAGUACGAGCAGAAGCUUUUUGGACCCAGUUCUCAACCUGUGAUUCCCACUGAAUCAUUUGCUUCUCUUGGAUUUGGCUACCCAAAACCAGCAGGUGACACCCAAGCACCUACGUUCAACCAAAUGACCGCGCCAUCCAUCUCCAUUUUUGAGCGAGUCGGCCCAAAUGAUGUUCCCCCGAAUUUCGCUUUUGGAGCCGAGGGGACAGCUGGGGUCAACCCAGAUAACAAUGACAAUGGUGGGGCCAAGGCCAACCCAGCUUCGACUGAUAACCCGAUGGACAGCUCUUAAGAUGAUUUCAGGCUAUUGAAUCUCCAGGUUGCUGAAGUAACCUACUACUAGGUGUAUCGAAUACUCAUCGGGGGGGUGUUUAGCUUUCAGAGGGGUAUUUUGCCCUUUUGUGCACUUGAGAAAUGGUUCUGGCAACUGACCCGCGCUGUAGAGUGACUAUGGCAUUAGUCGUAGUAAAUGAUGUUUGAAAAUCUGGAUGGUGGUUCAUAUCUCAGUUACUUUCACAUACAA